AAAUGAAAGCGAAGACAAAGGAAAAGACAUGGCUUUCUCUAUAAUUGUAUUUGCCACUUUAUUUUGCCAUAUAUGGGCAAUGAAUCGAGCUUCUACAUCAUUCUCGGUGCCAGUUAUAGAAACGCAGACAUCGGACCAGUACUCUUGUUAUGAUUACAGUCUGGAUCAUGUUGAACUAGAACAUUUGAAGAGCAUUCGUGUUGAUGUUGACAGAAGUAAAGUACACCAUGUUACAUUUUCAUUCUGUGAAAAUCCGCUGACAAAUUCCUCUGUUUGGACCUGUGGUCAUUUGCAAGGCCAUGUGUGUGAUGGAUAUGCUGUAAACGUUGCUGGAUGGAAUUCGAAAACUUUAGAUACAGGGCAUUUUGAAUUUCCAAGUGGUGUAACUGUGAGGUAUGGUAAGAAGACAAGACUUGUGCACCUUGUUACUCAAAUUCACUUUCGUGGCGAAGUAAAAGAUUACCAUGAACCCAUAGUAAAUGUAACUCUUUUUCCACACCAGAAUGUUAAUCCCUCUUCUCUUAAUUACCAGACGUACAUGAUUCUUAGUUCUGGAUUCAUUCCACAAAAUUCAAAUACAGGAUAUUUUGCUGAAAGUGCUUGUGAGUGGAAGAAACCUCCAGUCACCGCCUAUAAAUUUUAUUCACAUACUCAUCACUAUGGAUUUAUGGCUGAGGGAUUCUUGAUAAGAAAUAAUACUUGGCGUUUUAUUGGUGGUGAACUAACCAAAAACCGAACGAGGGACUGGAGUAGCAUACCCGGAGGGCCUCUGGUCAUUUACCCUGGAGACAUUAUUGCAGCCAGAUGCCUUUAUAUUAACAAGGAAGAUAAGCCAGUACCUUUUGGAUUAACAGACCAGCAAGAAAUGUGCAACUUUGAGGUCAACUUUGGAUAUGAAUCCCGUUAUUCUAAGGAGUUUAAAAGAAGUUUUGCUUGUAUGUCAAACACACAAGAGUUUUCUUUUUGUAAAACUAAAGCUCUUCAUGGAUUUUGUCAAUAAAUAAAGAUUUAUCUAGCAAAA